AUUAUCCCUGCCGUGCCGUGUCUUUCUUCCUCCUUCCCUCCUUCACAAUCCCAAUAGAUCCCGUUGAGUGAAGGCAAAGCCAUUCUCCGUUCACAAUCCCAAUAGAUCCCCUUGAGUGAAAGCAAAGCCAUUCUCCUUGUCUGAGAAUGGCUAACCAUGAAAGCUUUACCCUCUCCCUGGAUCAGUUACCUCCGGCUGUGUUAUGUACCAUCAUCACCAAGCUUGAUGUGGCAUCGAUCUGCUCCGUUGCUGCCACCUGUUCUACGUUCAAGGAUUGUGUUUCUCAGAUCCUCUCUUUUCUUUCCGUUUUCCAGAUUCUUGAUGUUGCGCCAUCAAUGGAAAUUAUGAGGCCUUUGUUACCGCCAAAUCCUUUUCUUAGGAGUCUAAAGGUUGAUUGUGGAAAGCUUGAUGAUUCAGCCAUUGAGUUUAUGCUUCGGCCUUCAUUGCAUGAGCUUUGUCUGUACAAUUGCGCUGAUUUCAGUGGGAAAUUAUUAUGUGAGAUUGGAAGGAAAUGCAAGGAUUUGAGGUCUCUUUACUUGGGCUCAGUUGCUGAAAAAUGGGGGCGAUCUAUUCAUGUAUCUGACUUGGAGGAGUUGCUCAAAUGUUGUACCCAGUUAGAAGCAUUGAUGCUGAUGUUUGACAUUUCAAUAUUUCUUCGUCAUAAUUUUGCUCGAGUUUGGGCUUUAGCUUCAUCAAAACUCACAUCACUUGAGAUUGGUUACACAUCUUCAGUUAUGGUGACUGAAUUGCUUAGCCCAAAUUUGGGACCCGGACUAUCACCAAACAAUAUCCAGGCACCCAUAUUACCAAGCAUUCAGAAAUUGUGUCUUCAAGUAGACUAUAUUACUGAUACUAUGGUUAGUACAAUAUCACAGGGCCUCAGCUUAUUAACACAUUUGGAUCUUCGGGAUGCACCUCUCAUAGAACCAAGAAUUACAUUUGACCUCACCAACUGUGGCCUCCAAGAGCUUAAUCCGCAUGGAAAAUUGAAACACCUCUCACUCGUCCGGAGCCAAGAAUUCAUCUUUACCUAUUUUAAACGAGUUAAUGAUCUUGGCAUUCUUCUAAUGGCUGAUAAGUGUACAAAGAUGGAAAGUGUUUGUCUUGGUGGCUUUUGUCGUGUUACAGACACAGGUUUCAAGACAUUAUUGCAUUCUUGCUCUAACCUAUGCAAGCUUAGAGUGUCUCAUGGGACCCAGUUAACUGAUCUUGUUUUUCAUGACAUCGCUGCAACCUCGCUGUCACUAACACACGUGAGAUUGAGAUGGUGUCAUCUUCUAACCAACAAUGCAAUAAGAAAUUUGGCAUCUAAUACAGCCCUUAAAGCUCUUGACUUGAGAGCUUGCAGAAGUCUUGGGGAUGAAGCCCUCCAAGCAAUCAGCUUCCUUUCUCAAUUGAAAAUUCUGUUGUUGGAUGGAUCUUCUAUAACUGAUGUGGGUAUGUCAUAUUUAAGACGUAGAGUCAUUGGUUCUUUAGUUUCCUUGUCUGUUAGAGGGUGCAAGAGACUUACAGACAGAUGCAUCUUUGCUCUUUUUGAUGGCACUUCUAAACUCCAGUUGCAGGAACUGGACCUAUCAAAUCUUCCCAACCUCUCAGAUAAUGGAAUUCUUGCACUUGCAAAAAGUCGGGUACCAAUUUCUAAGCUACGGAUGCGACAAUGUCCACUAAUAGGUGACACCUCGAUCAUGGCAUUAGCGUCAAUGCAGGUUGAUGACAACAGUUGGUAUGGUAGUAACUUGCGGCUAUUGGACCUUUACAAUUGUGGCGGCAUUACGAAUCUUGCAUUCAGGUGGUUAAAGAAACCUUACUUUCCAAGGUUGAGAUGGUUGGGAGUGACAGGGUGUGCAAAUAGAGAUAUUGUGGAUGCUUUAGCUAGAAAUAGACCAUACUUGAAUGUUGCGUGGCAUGGCGAGGAGCUGGCAGUGGACCAGUGGGAUAACUCUGAUGGGUUGUCCAUGCAUGACCACGAUGAGGUGGAUGAACUUGAACAGUGGCUUAUGGAAGGAGAGUUUGGUAUCAUCGAUGAAGAGAUGGGGGAUGCUGCUGAGCUGAUGGAUUAAUCUUCCAAGAUAAGGGUUCAGUCUGUACAUAUAUGCAUGUGCUUUUAAAUUGCUUGCUAGUUGUAAUCUUGUACUCUUUUUAAGCUCAAAACAUGUGUUUGUAAUUUAGAAACUGAGAAAUGUUGUCGAACAUCAUGAUUGAUUUCAACAAUAUUCCCCUUUCGAUA